UGCUAGUCACACUUUAAUGGCGGUAAUGAAUAUUUUUAAUAUUUUUUUCUAAACAAACGCAUUGAAUUGUACAUCAUUGAAAGGCGUUGCACAAAUUAUAGUGUUUUGGCAAAAUGCUCGAGCAAGUGUUAAUAAUUCGGUGCAUCACCUAGAAGGCAACGUGCGCGACAUAAACGGAAAAUCAAAACGGAAAAAUUCCAUAAAACUCAAUUCUCAUGAAUACGCAGACAAUACGCGGAAGCGUGAAAAAUAGAAAAGAAAUACAAAACAAGGCAAAGGCGAACUUUGUACGCUGUUGCAGUGUGCGAGCCCGAGCCCGAGUGCAAGUGAGAACAGACUGAAAAUACACACACUUAAACCACGAAAAAUCGGAAAACGAGACACAAACAAAGAAAAGAAAAAAAACUCAAAAUGUCUGCAACACAACGUUUGAAUGCUGCGGAGAAAGACCUGGAGAGGUUCAUCAAAUUUCUGGCGUUGAAGUCCACCCAGGUAGUGGUGCAGUCGCGUCUGGGCGAGAAGAUUCAAACGCAGUGCAAUCCGCUGGCGGGCAAUGACUGGUUCAAUAUUGUGGUGCAGGAUCAUCCCGAAGUUAUGGACGAGACGAAGAGGGCGUUGGCUCUGAAGCCUGGCGAUAGCAUUCUGCAGCGUCUGCCGCUGUGCGUGGAAAUAUCGCUGAAGACAACGGAGGGCGACCAGAUGGUGCUGGAAGUGUGGUCCCUGGAUCUGCUGCAACCAGCCGCGAAUGGCACCACAACGAAUGGUGGGGGCGCGUCAAACGCCCGCGACGACUCCAAGGCGGACAUGAAUGGCACAAAUGGCGAGAGCCAGACGUUGAAGGCCUCCCACGCAAUCUACAGUCGCAUGGGCAUUAUGCUAAAGUCCCUCAUCUCCCUCACCCGGACCACGCCCGCCUACAAGCUGUCGCGUCGCCAGUGCCCGGACUCGUAUGGCAUAUUCUAUCGCAUCUAUGUGGAUCGCCCGCAAGUCCAUACGCUCGGCGAAGGCCACAAGAAUGUGAAAAUUGGACAGCUGCACACGAUUGUGGGCUCUUUGGUCAUGUCGGUCGCAUAUCGCACAAAGAUGACCAUUUCCCCGACCACGGCGCAGGCCCACCAGACGGAAAACAACAUAAUUAUGCUCAAGUCGGAUCAUUUUCGGCCAGCAACCGAUGCCAGCUCACCCAACAACCAGCAGACCCAAAACCAUGGCACGGCCGUCACGAAGAAGCUGGGUUUAGGGGGCCUGAACGCAGCGCUGGGAUCUGGUGAGAGGCGAUGCAUUGACAUAGAGAAGCCGCUGCGUCCGGGCGCCUUCACGGACAUGGGCAAGCUGAGGCAGUACACCGAGGAUGACUUUGUGCUGCCGGAGACGCCACCGUUUGAGUGGCUGCUGCGUGGACGACAGCGACACGAGAGCACUGGCAGCGGCUGCUCCAUGGAGUCGCUGAACCGCCUCGACAAUGUGGCCAGUGUCGUGAGCAACAACUUGCACAACAAUAACAACAACAACCAUACGGCAAACAAUUUCAACCACAGCCACAAUCUCAACAACAACUCGACGGGCUUCAAGAGCUUCGAGAAGCAGCAGGCCACAAAUGGGGAAGCUGCCACCUCAUUUUCACCCAUCAAAAGUCUACUUAUACCCGCCACCGCCUAUCGCCACCAUUCGGAGCCAACGCUAGAGCCGCCCCCAGACGAUGACAAUCUGCUGAAGGAGCUGCACUUUCCCUUCGCCUCACCCACAUCGCAUGUCAACGAUUUGGCCAAAUUCUAUCGCGAGUGCUAUCACGCUCCGCCCCUGCGAGGCCUCAACGAGCUGCAGGCGGAAGUCUCCAGCUCGUCCAGCUCCACAACGCCCGCGUCGAGUAGCUCGGUGGCCGCCUGCGGCCCGACAGCAGCAGCCGCAGCGGUGGCCACCAGUGCAGCCGAUGCCAGUGCCCUGGAUGAUCUAUCGCGACAGCUGGAGCAGUUCGAGACAUCGCUAGAGGAUUACGAUAAGCUCGUCUCACAGUUCGGACUGACGGGCUCCUCAUCGUCGGGCAGCCGCAGUAGCGGGGGACUGCAAAUGAGCAACUGAGUGUCAAGUCUGAGUGGUGCCGCCUGCGAGGGUAGAUCAAUAAGUUGACCCAUGCUUAAUUGCGUCAUUAGUUAGACUUUAUUUAUGUGUAUGCCAUUGCGUUUAGUUGAAUUUAUAGGCUGCUACGAUAAAAUGCUAUGUAAAUACUAUGAAUGUAGGCUCUGUAGGCUAUAGUUCCGUAUAAGUUGUACAUAGAAGAUGGCAAUUGGCGAUUGACGAUUGCAGGCAGUCGAGUGCCACAACAGCAGCAGCAGCAGCAGCGGCAGCAGCGCGUCAAAUGUGAGGAUAGCUCUUGUCACGUUUCAAAGUUUAGACCAUAGCCACAUCAUACACAACAGAUGCACCAGCACGGGCACUGGCACUGGCAUAUGGUAGGGUAUAGUUAGAUACUAAGUUCAUACAUACAUAUAUAUACAUAUAGGGUAGUAACUUGGGCGUACACGUCGCUUGUUUGUUUGUUUGUUUGUUUCUUUGUUCAAGUGCCUUCUGCCCUGCUUGUAAGUGAAAUAAUCAUCCAUGUGUGUAUAUAUAUAACUCUAGAUAAGAGCGCAGUUAAUGGGAAAGCUAUAAAAAGCUAUCCGUGCACUGGCAUAGAUACCAUCCAUAAGGUUUUGAGUAGUAAUACAGUAUACACUGCUUGACACACAUUAUGGUGUGUGGUGAGGCCAGGGCCUUCUGUUCGGAAGGUCUCUAUGCAAAUGCAGAAACGUUAACCCAAGACUUUAAGCAUAAAGAAAGAUAUAUUGUAACUAUCAUCAUUUGUAUUUUGUAAAUCAGUUAGUGUUUUGUAUUUGAAAUGUUAUUUAUUUAUUGGUUUCCAAAUUGCUCAAAAUUGGCCUACACAUGUGAAUCGAAAUUCAAGUACUAUACUUACGCAUUAGAUUAAUCAGUAUGAUUAAUAAGAGAAUAAGAAAUUUAUACAUACAAAUAUAAAAUAUAAAACAAAGAAUAAAAGCAAUUGUUAAUCAA